GGUGUUGGAUCGCAGGCUGUCGCUGUUCUGCCCAUGCUAGCCGAGUAAUUCAUUCUUCAUUCCGAUGGCAAACAGAACUGUUAAAGAUGCGAAUAGCAUACACGGGACCAACCCGCAGUAUCUGGUGGAGAAAAUCAUCCGGACUCGAAUCUACGAGUCUAAAUACUGGAAGGAGGAGUGCUUCGGUCUGACCGCUGAGCUGGUUGUUGACAAAGCUAUGGAGUUGAAGUAUGUCGGUGGAGUGUUUGGAGGAAACAUAAAGCCCACUCCUUUCCUCUGCCUCACGCUGAAGAUGCUGCAGAUUCAACCUGAAAAAGACAUCAUUGUAGAGUUCAUCAAAAAUGAGGAUUUCAAAUAUGUUCGUUUACUUGGGGCGAUGUACAUGAGGUUAACUGGCACUGCAGUGGAUUGCUACAAAUAUCUGGAGCCGCUGUACAACGAUUACCGAAGAGUCAAGAGUCAGAACCGAAAUGGGGAGUUUGAGUUGAUGCACGUGGACGAGUUCAUUGAUGAGCUUCUUCAUGCAGAAAGGAUGUGUGACAUCAUUCUGCCCCGACUUCAGAAAAGACACGUCCUCGAGGAGGCUGAGAUGUUGGAUCCACGUAUCAGCGCUCUGGAGGAAGAUCUGGAUGAGGUGGAGAGCAGUGAAGAAGAUGAGGAGGAAGAGAAGCCGGAGAGACUCCAGACCCCUGAGCCCCACAGACGGCGGGACGGUUACCGUGACAACGACCGGCCUCGACGCUCUCCGUCGCCUCGUUACAGACGCAGUCGCUCACCCAGACGGAGGAGCAGAUCUCCAAAGAGGCGAAGCCCGUCGCCCCGGAGAGACCGCCAUCGCAGCAAGAGCCCCCGCCGACACCGCAGCCGGUCCAGAGACAGACGCCACCGCUCCAAAUCUCCAGGUCACCACAGAAGCCACAGACAUCGCAGCCACUCAAAGUCCCCAGAGAGGAGUUCAAAAAAGAGUCACAAGAAGAGUCGAAGAGGAAACGAGUGAUCUCCCUUUCCUCUAUUCUUACUUUACCUCUGAACUGUCAGAGAGCUUUGCGUCUAACUAUUGUACGAAAUGCGAUGACCAUUUUUUUAUUU